AGUAGCGCCCCCUGGAUCAGGUAAACAAUUUAAAAAUCUGCAGUCAUGGAGCGUUGUGGGGCGAUCCUGCGACUUCUCAUUUCGAUUUAUCUGGUUAAUUAUGUGAACGGACAGCUAAUAUCAGGGAACGUUUUACAAAUUCUGCAGCGGACAACUGGGUUUUCUAAGUUUGCUCAGUUGGUGGUCCGGGCCCAGUUAACCCGCCUCUAUGAAUCUCCGACCUCACUCACGUUGUUUGCGUUUAAUGACACCGCCUACAACAAUUUGCCGUACAAAGAACGCAAUGUCAUCGAUAGCUACUCCGAGAAAGACCUCAAGGACUACAUCAUGUUCUGUACCAUAUACGGAACCCGCCUCACUUCAGGUGAAAUGAGGGACAAUUUGCAAUUGCGAAGCAUGGACUCCAACGGUGACAAGUUAUUUAUAAAUCGUAAAUACAGAUCGUUCACAACCUCCUCUGGAUCUUUUGGGCCGGUCAAGUUCUACGUCAAUGGAGUAGAGAUUUCAGAGGGAACUAAUCGGGACAUUUCCGCCACUAACGGGGUCGUGCACGGGUUGAACGGAGUGAUGCGGAAGACGAGUCAGAGCACGGCGUACGGAUGGAUCCAGGAGCCAGAAGACUCCAUACAGAGAUUCACACAAUUCACCGAUCUCAUGAGCUACUUACACACAUUUGAGAACAUCAACGAUUUGUCCUCCCCCGACAAAAUCACCACCUUCUUUGUUCCCAAUGACAACGCCAUGCAAAAAAUUCCGAUGACUCAACUUAAUCGACUGAGGAAUGACCCGAUGGAGCUCCAAAGGAUUCUGCAGGCCCACUACAUCCCAAACCGAGCCGUGUUCACAAACUGUAUCUCCCACAACGAGGGCGCCACAAACGCUAAAGGACUCCCCAUCACCUUCAGGAAACCGUCGGGGUACAAUGUGUAUGUGAACAGUGAUGGAGUGAGUGCGGCCAUUAUUGAGGGAAACAUCACCGUGUCGAACGGUGUCGUCCACAUUGUGGAUCAACUCCUUGGAUUCGUCUACAACAACAUCCGCGAACAGAUCCAACAGGAAUCCACGAAAUUUGAGCAGAUGAUCAACCUGGGGACGGAGACCGUGAAGAACUCCCUGGUCCAGCCGUCGGGCGUGACCGUGUUCGUGCCGCUGGAUUCAGCCUUCCAGAAAGUGGCCAACAUCCGCUGGGCCAACCUCAACUCCAACCAGACCCUGGUGGAUAUGGUUCUUCGUCUCCACAUUCUUCAGCCUAACAACAUGAUCACGAUCUCGUCACUGCCCGGGCUCAGUGGCUACGAGAGUCGGAUGUACCGACAGACUCUGUACAGUAACGAACGACUCACCAUCUACAACGAACGCAACGAGACCUGGGUGCAGGGUGGCAAUGUGAAGGCACGAGUGAUUCGCCCGGACAUCAAGACGGUGAACGGAAUGGUCCACAUCAUCGACUCACUGCUGGGAAUCCCCUACCUGGACCUCCCCAUGCUGAUAUGUAGUGAUGUCUGGCUACUGAGGACCUACGACUACAUGAGACGAGUGGGCCUCAAGAACUACCUGACUGACCGGCGAUUCACCGCCGAGAAGUGCAGCUUUGAGAUCUAUGGAUACCCACAGAACUACGGCUCAGCGGUCACUCAGAACACUGGGUCCCAGUCCAGCCAGUGCUCCAACUGUUACAUGCCCCAGUACCAGAACUCCUACCCCUGCAACAGUGCACUGUGUGCCAACACUAACACUGGGGGAGGUACCACCUGUCCCGGCUACUGCCAGCAACAACAGUAUGCAAAUACGCAGCAGUGUAUGCAGUGUAAUACCAAUACCAAUACCAAUUGUCCAGAUUACUGCAAACAACAACAGUACGCCAACCAGCAGGUGUGUAUGCAGUGUAAUGGCGGGGGGACCAGUCAGUGCCCCUCGACCUACAUCAGCUACUGCAGCAACCCUGCCAACGCCAACGUCAGUCCCUGUAAUGCCUACCCUUGUAACAUGCUGAACGGGAUGAACACGGGGUCUCAGAGUACUUCAGCCUACGACCUCGGGUUCUGUGGUACGACCGCUGUGGCCUGUGAUUUCACGGUGUUCGUACCUAACUCCAGCGCCAUCGACUACUUCUCUGUAACCAACAAUGGCUACCGCGUGAUGAGGGACACGCCAAGGUUCCAGUGGCUGUUCAAGCGGCUCAUCCUGCCCGGGCGCCUCUACAUUGAGAAGAUAGGUAACGGUAACCACCAGAUGAAGAUGAUGAACGGAGAACUCGUCACCCUGACCAAGAACAACGACCGAGACGUGAGGAUUUACUUCGGUGGAGCAUCGUCUAACGUUAUUCACAUGGAUGAAGGGGCCACAAACGGGGUAAUCCACAUCAUAGACCAGCUCCUGUUUGUGAACGAGGACCUCACUCGGGACGUGUCAUCCGCGCGUCUUGUGACUUUCUCUCUGUGGCUCCUGCUAGGGACGAUUUUUAUUGCGCGAUGGUUGCUGAGGUUCAUGAGAUGAUUUGGGAGUUGAUCCUGCCCUGUGCCGUUGCCUUCAGAAUUUUUUGAUACCCAUAUUUUUCAUUUGUACAUAGUAUAGAUGUAUAUGUAUAUAUAUUUUUUUCUUUCUCCAAUUAACAUAUUAUAUAUGUAUAAUGGCAUAUCUUCUGAUCACUUUAUGAUCAAACCAACGUACGUCCUCUUCUGUACGUUCUGUGACAUUCCUGUUGAUUGAGAGAGGGUUUUUUUUGUUUCAGUUUGUGUCAUUUAAAUGUUAAGUCCAUAAAAGCCAUUGUGUGUCUUACACUUACAAUGCAGGUGGUUGUGUCCUUACACCUGUUCGGUGCUAGUGUAAGUUUUAACUGAAAAUUAAGGACUUUACAGUCAAAGUGAAAAACUUUUUAACGAUCAGAUUUUUUCUUUGUUUCAUUAUAACAGUUGUUAAUGAUUAUUUUUGAUACCCAGGGAAUAAAUUUUAAAGUACAGGGAUAUUCAGUGACUACUGGUAUACACAUGUAUAAUAUGAAAACAGGUCCUUAACUCUUUUAUGGUUUAUCAAUUCAACGUUAAUAUUUGGGAAUUGAAAUUCCUUUGUAUCCAUUUAUUUAAAUAGUUUUGACUAGUCAAGAAAUAUAUGCAAACAGAGAAGAGAUAUUACAAAGUAAUUUAUAUUUACAAAGAGUAAUUAUACGGUUUAAUGUACCUUAAUACUUCAAUCAUUAUAGUGUGUAAGGAAUGAAAGUUUUGAAAUCUGACCUCACAUCAACGUGCCUCCUCAGUUUCUGUGUCCUGCGAUUGUUUUGUUGUUAAAAAUCAAAUCAACUUCUGAUCUGUGAUAUGAAUCAUUCCAUUACAGUUUGUAAAUGAAAACAUUCCUUUUUUUCCCCUCAAAAAAUGUUGUCGUAAGAUUGAGGUUACAUGACCAAUUAUUUUUUAAUUAGGUCAUGUUUGUUGUUUACAAUUUUAUGUACCAGGGCAUCGUUUUCUGUUCAUUUAUAUUUUUAGUCAUACAUCUAAUUUUUACAUGUAUUGGUCAUUGUGUCAUACUCCAAAUACUGUAGACAUGUUAUAUUUGGGCUGUGUAUUUUACUUACCAGCAUUUUUGGCAAAAAAGUGGCCUCCGCUCAAUUAAGUACAUUUUGUUAAAAAGAAAUUAAAUGAUUUCCGCCAAAUAUUGUACACGCUAGGUAAAAUACGACUACGGUAUGAUAUUUUCCAAAAAAGCUUUUUCAGCAAGUUAGCAUGGAUUUGAUUUAGGACGUUUCUGAAUGCGCCUGUUUAUCUACAUAUAUAGGACAUUGUGUGUUAUUCUUCAUUAAGCGGACACUGUUUUUCACCAAAAUCACUAAAUAGAAUACACAACCAACUGUAGGGUGUUUACAGUACUUUGAUUUUUCAUCACUCUGGCAUGCAGGGCUUACAAUUCUCAACCGUAUUAUUCCAUUGGCUAUUUCUCCAUGUGUUUGAUUGUUGUGAUCAUUCUUCACUCUCUAUUGUGAGGAUUCUCUCCCUUCAUUCCAUUAGCUGUAACUGUCAAUCAUCUUUGAUUGACAUGUGUCAUGUUGCAAUUGCCAUAUGUACAUAGUGAGUGAAUGACUGAGUGUUUGUGAUGUUAUUGAACUGUGAUGUCAUAAAUGAGUAUUUUGUUAUUAUAUACAUGUAGAGUGGUAAUAGCUAGCCGGUGUUUUAUAUGAAUGCAUGUAACCAUUUUAACGACCAAGCUUUUAAUUCCACUAAUCGCUUCUUAUAUACAUUUUUAUCAACCUAUAGCUGUCUUUCAAACAGCAUCUUCCAUAUCAAUUCAUGCAUGUUAUGUAAUCAUAUGUAAAAUGUCUUAAAUCAUAUCUUUACAAUAAUUUAAAUUUUUACACGUAACUAUGUUUUCGUGUUGUUCUAGAUUCAAUGUUUAUUUCAUUGAAUUUUUAAUGUUUCUAAUUUUUAUUUUUCAUUCUUGUACUUGCUAAUCAUGUUUAAGUUAAAUGGGAGGUUUUUUUUGUUUUUUUUUUUGGGGGGG